GGAAGUAUCUGGAAGUAUCUGGAAGUUGCCGAAGACGUUUACGGUUCAGUUUGAAGUUGUACCUUCACGGAUGACGGAGCGGGUUACGUAACAUUGAUAUGCGAUGGCGUCAUCGAGCCAGCAGGGUAAUGACGAAGGUGGAAAUAGAGAGCCGCAGCGAAGAGGUCCGCCUACAUGCUGCAACUGCAAGCACCCAGGACACUAUGCUCGCGAUUGCUGGAUGCAUUGGAAGGACCGCUAUGAAGCCCUGGAAGCUAAGCAGGGAGACGGCUCCAAACGACCUUUUGGGCGCGCAGCCUCGCCACCGGACAAAAGACGGGAACAAACUUGUGGAGAUUCCUUUGAUUCAAGGCGAGGAGGCGGCGGAUCUGACCGAGUCAAGGACCUCGUGACACUGCUGGUGGCUAAAGAAGAGGCGAAGGUCAAGAAGAAGCAAGAAAAGGAAGAGUGGCUGAAGCUAGAAAGAGAGAGGAUGGAGAAGGAAGAAAAAAGAUUGAGGAAGGAGGAGAAACGGAAACAAGAGCAAGAAGAGAAUGAUCAGAGACUGGCAAGGAUUGUCAAUAUCCAGUUCUCGAAGCGAUAUGGAAUGAAGCACGAACGACUGGGGGGUAAAUACUCCCCGGAGGUGGGCAAGAGUCGCACUAGAUGUCGUCGUGAGCAAAGAGCACUGCGCAAGCAUCGGGGCUACCAUGGGAGUUCCGAAUCAGAAUCGGAUGAUGCGAUUUCCGCCAUUGGUCAGCGGUCGGGAAGCUUAGCACUGACGGAUAAGCGUAAGCGAACUACCACAACGGAGGAGGAGGAAUCGGAGUCCAGCCCGGCUGCUACUCCACUGAUGCAAAUUCGAGUAAGGAGGGGAAGACCACUGUCUUCCACCAAAGCGAGCAAGAAGAUGAAGAAUACGAUGAAACCGAUUACUAUGAGAACGUUGCGGGGGGGAAAUGAUCCCACACUUAAAGGAGCAUCGACAGGAUCGGGUCCUGGCGCCAGGGAGCAGUUCAAGUUGGAUACGGAGAAGUAUCUCGAUGGAUUGGAUUACCGCGAGGUACAACGUCUUUGCAAGAGUGCAGGUGUGAUAUACGUGAGGAAAGGACAAGUUGUGGCUGCUUUGGCCGAACAUCGAGCUCAGCUAGCAAAUGGACGAGGUACGGUGCAACCGCCUGCUUACGCCGAGCCGGGAAAGGGCAAGAAUGCAGCCGCAUCAUCCAGUUCGGAGAUAGCGACUCUGACUCAGAGGAAUCAAGUGAGUCCGAUGAGACAGACGAAUCGGAAAAGGAGAAGCAGGCAUGAAGCAGUUGUACUGUUGCUGAACUUUGGGAGUGUUGUACGAUUUUGUCGAACCUUCGACGAGGUAACGGGCCGAUUGAUAAGGAAGUAGAGGCUCUGUACAGAUGGGCGAUAGUAGCUCUCACUUUGAGAGGUAUCCUGUGGUUGUCGAAAUUCGUGAAUGAUUGGUACAGUCUGAUUGUCAACGAUUCUCAUGUUUUCGAUGAUCCCAGUUGCUGUGUGUAUGUAGGGAUAUCUCCUUGGUGUAAAGCUACCUAUAUCGGAAAAACGGAAAGGUCACUUAACCUACGUUGGUCAGAGCAUAGGAAGUAAUCGGUAGAUGUUGACUGUUCUUCUGCUCAUUUUCAUCGUUGGUUGGGAAAUUUCGGAAUCCAUAGCUAUAUCCUGAUCCCUAUCCGAGUGGACCGGGCAGACACGUUGAUCACUCUUGAGUCU